AUGCACAACUCCAGCUACUCCCGGGCCAAGUUUGGCCUGGAGGCCAGGGAGUACAAGCACAAGCCCAAAGGGAAGAGCUGUGGCUACUACAUGAGGAUCGUCUUCUUCUUUUCCUCCCUGAUCCAGUCGCUGAUCAUUGUCAGCUUGGUGCUUUUCCUCAUCUACGGGCAGCCAGAGAAGUCUGCAGAAGAGAAGAUGGUUGAGGAGCUGGAGCUGAACUUCAACCGGAUCAGUGACAACAACGUCCAGCUGAGGAAGGAGAAGGGCGAGCUGGGGGCUCAGCUGGGAGCUCGCACAGCCGAGAAAGCUGCUCUGGAGACAGAGCUGGCAAAGCUGAGGACUAGUUACAACUUAUCAGAAAACGCGUUAAAGGACAUGAAGGCUAGCAGAAGGAUCCUUCCAGCAGCCCCGGUGCAGCGUACAACUAAUCAAUGCCCGUCCUGUCCUAUAUCCAUUAACAUCGCUGAUCAUAAGAGGCUGCAGAACACCUACGAACAACUGCGAGAGGACCUCAAGAACACAAACAGAAACUUCAGCCAGACGAUGCAGUCCUUGAACAAAGAGAGAGACGCCGCCGUCAGAGACGCAGACACGCAGCGCCAUGAGGCCACUCGCCUGCGCGGCGAGAGCAGCAAGCUGCAGGAGCAGCUCACCACCUACACAAAGAAGUGCAAAGAGGACUUUGCUCAGUCUCUGGACGGAAUAGAAACCGUCACCAGCGAAUUCCUGAAAAAGAUCGAGAACUUCUUUCCCCACCAGCUGACCUUUCACCUCACCUGUGAAAGCCAGAACGCCGAGAUGGAGAAGAUCAAAAACAGCUGCACAAACCUGUCCAAAGAUGUGGAGAAAAGGUUCCAGCUGUAUUUAAACGCAGUGGGCGACAGGGUGGCGGCGAUCCAAUCAGAGUCCAGUGAGCUGCAGGUGAGAAGCUCGCACUGCCAACGCGACCACAGCAGGGCGGUCGAGAAGCUCCGGGAGAUGCAAACGACUCACGACGCCAAGGUGGAGAAAUUACUGAAGGAGCAGAUGGAGCUGAGAGAAACCCUCCAGCGAAUGGCCCUCUCUCGGCACAAUGUCCAGGGAAAAUAGAAACAGAACCAGCUAGUACUUCUGAGCCGACGUAGGAAAGAAACAAAAGGAAGGCAGUGGCCACCAAUGAUUGAAACCUUGAGAACCCUAAAGAUCUUGUAUUUAGCUUUGCGUCCUUGGUGUCACUGAUGACUCAGAGGUGCAGAGGUAAGGUGGCGCCUGUGGACUCAGCAGAAAAGAGGAACGUGAGGUCAGCAGCAGGAAGCAUGCACACUUAAGAUAACAAAGGACAAACAUUUU